AGAAAAAUCUAAGUGGCAACUUUACGACUGAAAAGCCAACUCAGCUUAUAGUUUACAUUUCGCUUUACCACAGAAAAUCAGUUUAAUUUGCUAAAAAAAGAAAUAUGAGUCGAGCGCAACAUAACGACGACGAUGUCAACUCAUCGCUUUUCGAUGCCCGCAAUGAAUAUUACAUUGGCAACUUCAUGGGAUCGAUUAACUUUGUGCUUCCGGAGCAAGGAACCGCAGGUGCUGAAUUACUUUCCUACAUGUAUUUGUCAUAUUUGGCCAUCGAUUCGGGUCGCAUAAUUGCCUCCGACAUCAAGGAGAACAACACGACACCCUUAUUGGCACUGCGUCUAGUGCACGAAGCAUUUGAGCAGCCGUCGCGCACCGAGGAGCUGCUGGAGAAGCUCACUGACAAGGUGGCCAGCGAGGAAGAUGAGACAAACAUUUGGCACAUUGCCACCGCCAUCGUUUACUGCUACGAUGGACAGUUUGAGAAUGCUCUCAAGAUUCUGCAUGGGUCCACCAAUCUCGAAUCAAUGGCACUGUCUGUUCAAUGCUUGUUGCGACUGCAGCGCGUCGAUCUUGCUAAGCAGCUGGUGGCCAAGAUGCAGGAGAUUAGCGAUGAUGCAACGCUUACGCAGUUGGCGCAAGCUUGGGUUGCCUUGGCGCAAGGCACGGAGCAAAUGCAGGAUGCAUUCCACAUCUAUCAGGAGUUCUGUGAAAAGUUUAAACCAACUCCAGCGCUUUUGAAUGGGCAGGCUGUUGUGCAUCUCGGCUUGGAACGCUAUGAGGAGGCAGAAGCUGUGCUACGAGAAUCGCUGACCAAGAAACACAACGAUUACGACACACUGAUCAACAUGUUGGUGUUGGCGCACUUGACGGGCAAGUCGUCGGAGACGAUCACACGUUACUGGGAGCAAUUGAGGCAAUUCCACCCAAAGAGCGACUUCAUCACUGAUUUAGACAAGAAAUCGGCCGAGUUUGAUCGCCUCUGCUUAGAGUAUGAGCCGAGUAGCGAGCAAUUGCUUGCCGUCUGAAAGAAUAUUCUAUUUCCAAAAUAUUACUACAUUCAUGUAUAAAACUUUAUAUUCAUUAAAUUACAAAAUACAGAA